GAGAGAGCGAGCAACAGAGAGAGAGAGAGAGAGAGAGAGGAAGUCCAUAAGUGUAGGAUCUACUGUAGCACCUCACCUCUUUGGCAGCCGAGUAAUAGAACAUGACGGAAAUGUGAACGUAAGAUGUUGAGUCCCUCAAGUCCAACCCAGAAGAACCUCGGUGAAGAGGACAGCUCUGGAUCUGACGCAGAGUCAGAGAUCAGCCUGGAACCGGAGACCGACCGGUUUGGCUUCAUCCUGACCAAUGGAUCCGCAGCCGGGAAUCUGGGUCCCCCCCCUGAGUUGGUCCGGCACAGAGAGACCAAAUGGAUCAACAUUAUUCAACAAUGGGAUCGGGUCUUGUUGAAAAAGACUAAUAAGGUCAAAGUGCAGUGUCAGAAAGGCAUCCCCGCCUCACUCAGAGCCAAGUGCUGGCCCCUGCUGUGUGGAGCUACCGACAGGAUGAAGCAAAACGAAAACCUCUACCAGACUCUAGACUCCAAACCUGCUCUGCAGAGCUGGGUGGAUGUGAUUGAGAGAGACCUGGACCGCCAGUUCCCUUUCCAUGAGAUGUUCCUUUCCAAGGAUGGACAUGGCCAGCGCGGUUUGUUUCGAGUGCUGAAAGCCUACACUCAGUACCAACCAGAGGAGGGCUACUGCCAGGCACAGGGGCCCGUGGCCGCGGUGCUGCUGAUGAACAUGCCUGCUGAGGAGGCGUUCUGGUGUUUGGUGCAGAUCAGUGAGCAGUACCUGCCUGGAUAUUACAGCCCUCUGUUGGAGGGCGUCCUGUUCGACGCGGCCAUGCUGAGCUGGGUCUUGAAGAGGACGUGUCCAGCGGCGCACAAACACCUGCAGCACCACGGAGUGGAGCCGCUCAUGUUCGCCACCGACUGGCUGAUGUGCUUGUUUACGCGCCACCUGCCAUUCAACACUCUGCUCCGAGUCUGGGACUUGUUUUUCUGCUACGGGGUGCGAGUGCUGCUGCAGGUGGCAGCGGUGCUGGUGCGCCGGGUGCUGGGCCGGGCGGAGCAGAGGAAGCAGUGCCAGGGCCAGAUGGAAACCCUGGAGAAGCUGAGGGGCGUCAGGGAGCAGAUCCAAGAGGAAGACGACAGCUUUAUAGCAGAGGUUUGCUCAGUGCCACUGUCGGCCAAAGAUCUGGAGAAGCAGACGGCAAAGGAGUUAGAAAAGUGGAGGAAGGACAAACCCUCAUCCACCUUUGACCCAAGAGGUCGUUGCCACGGGUUCCAGAUGGCGUGGGCAAGGGCUCGACAGAACAAGGAAGAUCGGCAAAGAAAGGAGCGAGAGAAGGGCAACCUGUCAGUGCCUAUAGCUCGCUCAGCCUCCACUUUGUCACUGUCUCCUUCCUUGCUUCACAAGCGCUGGAGGAAGGGCAGCAAAGCUAGCACGGGAGAAUGUGAAGGCGGCGGCAGAGUACGGCAUCUAUCGAUGGGAGCGAAGGAGGACUUUAACAGCUGGACUGAGUUGAAUUUUGAGAAGGUGCAAGACCUUCAGGAAGAGGAGGAUGUAGUGUCUGAUGAGCACAACACGCAGAGAGAAACACACCUGACAGGACAAACUGACUUAAUCCAAAACAUUCCAACAGUGCACAUCGAAGAAGCAACAGGAGCGAAUGAACAGAUUGAAAAAGUAGAAACAGGAAUCAUUGAAGAGGAGGGGAGCAAAGGGAUUUCAAAACACACUGAAGAAACAAAUGUGGCAGCAGAACCAAACCAAGGUCCAGUAGAAACAAGAAUCAUCGAAGAGGAGGAGAGCAAACUGAUUUCAGAACACACCAAAGAAACAAAUGUGGCAACGGAACCAAACCAAGGUCCAGUAGAAACAAGAAUCAUCGAAGAGGAGGAGAGCAAACUGAUUUCAGAACAUACUGAAGAAACAAAUGUGGCAGCGGAACCAAACCAAGGUCCAGUCAGCAAUGAGCCUGGUGACAAUAUUCCUUCUCCGCUAAGUGAGCAUAUGUCACAGCACCAUCAGGAAGAGGAGAUGGGCUCCUGCAGCCAGUCACAAGUCGAGAAACAGCAGGAUCAUCAAGGGAAGAACCAGGACUCUGAGGUCCCAGAUGUAAAUGUUCAGAUAGAAAAACAAGUAGUGGAAGACACUGAACACAUGAGUGAUGUAGAGGAAAAUCAGAGUGAAACACACAGAGAUGCUACUGCAAACACAAACAAAGAGACUCCUCACGCAAAUCUACAUGUGAGUGUAGAGUCGACCGAGGAACAGGUGAUUCAGUCUGAAAUAAAACCAUGUGAGGGGCUGGAAACCGACAAUGUACAACAGACACAGGCUGAAACAGCAGCAAAUGACAAACCUGACUCGAGUCCAGGCUCAGAAAAAGAAAGUCAUUCUAAAGAAAUAGAUGUUAAAGAUUUAGAUCUUACAACAGAGAAACAACAUCAACAGGAAGAGGUGCUCAUAGAGACAGAUACAGUCUCAACAGGAGAUGUGUUUAAGGCAAAAGGGUGCAGUUCUGAGUCAUUAGCAGAAAUAGGAAUGGAAGAGAGAUACGCCCAAACGGAGACUGAAACGGUACCGACACAGGCUCAAGACAGAGCAGAUGACAAUGCAUCCUCACAGGAGGAACUGGAGGCUGAAGUUGUGCAAACAGAAGCAGAGUCAAGGACAGAAGCAGAAACUUUGACCCUGGAAGGCGUUCCACUAGAUGAACACACUGACACAGAGACUCAAGCAGCUUGUGUAGAGGCACGCAAAGCAUCUACUCAGCAUUCAGAGACGGAGGGUGACGCAGUAACAUGUGAACUCACACAGGGACAAGAACAAAUCAUUUUGACAGUGCACACAGAGGAAAAGACUGACGGUGACCACACGGAAUCAGAGGAAACACCAUGUAAAACUCAAACAGAGACGGUAGAAACAGGCUCUGUAUCACCGCAGCAGAAAGAGGAAGCAGGAAAUAUCACCACAGAGGCUGAACAGGAACCUAGUGAAGAACCUGCGCCUGCGCAACCGGUGAGCCAGGUCUCUGAAGCGAACACAGAGGAGGAGGACAUCUUAAUUUCUCCUCCCAACGUGACAGACAGUCCACGUAGUGACAACAUCCCUCAGGUACAGGACAAAGAGUCUUCUCCCACAGAGGCCAAUGACCCGACACAGACCGCUGGACGCCGCAGCAGCCGGUCUUCUGGCGAUUUCUGUGUCCGCAGGUCUUCCAACUCUCACGGGUCCAGGCUGGCACGGAGGCUCUCUGAAGAUCUCUUCACCAGCCCACUGAAAACCAGCCAAGCACCGUCAAGCUGUAGUCAAGAGCCUCAACAUGCUGAAUCUGAUGCAGGAGCUGUCAACCCAGCCCUUCCUGAGGUUAGUCAGGCUCCAGAUGUUAGGCCGCCACCGACCGUUCUGUCCACGAAGGAGGAGACAGCGGCACAGCAGGAGCCACAAACGCCAUCCAAACGCUUUGGUCUGUUCCGCAGACUGAGAGGAGAGCCCAAAAAGGCAAAUGAAAAAGGAAAACAAAAAAUGCAAGUGCCAAAAAUUUUGAUUCAGGACUUCAGUGAUGGAACGGGAAAGCCAGCUGUGCAAGUGGAGGAGGAGAAACUGAACUCCAGGGAGAGAAGGAGAAGGCGGAGGGUGGAGGAGAGAAGGGAGAAAGAGGAGGAGCGGCUGAAGAAGAAGAAAGAAAAGGAGCUAGAGAAGGAGAAGGAGAGAGAGAGGAGGAAGCCACAAACGAGGGGCAAAAGUUUUCAAGUGCAAAAGGAGAAAGGUGGUGAUGACACGGGCUCAAAGACAUUUAGACAUUCCACUUCAUAUGCUGAAUCCUACUUUUGACAAAUGUUUGAAAGACUAUCUGGAUGAAUGAGAUCUGAAGCAUGUGGUUUGGGUUGAAUCUUGGGCACCGCCUGCCAUUAGUCAAGGACAUGUUUGUGCUAUAACAACUUGAGUAUACUUGAAAUUUUUGACAUGUAAAUAAUAAAGAACUUAUGUUUACAUA